UUUCACAGAAUCAGUGAGGAUUCAGUAAUACACCUGUCGUUAAGCCGAAUUAAUAGAUUAAUACGUUUUUUACGCCUGUCUAUGGAAGCUCCUGCUUAACAUCAUGUGUUAACGAUUCUUUUGGAUAAUAGGCCUACCAAUAGGACAUAAAAAUGAAAAAGGGAACGUUUUUUUCGGCUCGAAAGAACCAAUCUCUUUUCGACAACAAUAUUAAAAUCAAGGAGAUGGACAAUGUUGAGCUGAUGUUGGAUUCAUCAGCCAUUCCUGAAUCAGGCACUGCCAAAGUGAGGUCCAGACCCACAGUCAAGCACCACACGUCCUCCUCUGAUGUUGUACAAGGGUUUAAUGUCCCAACGCCCAAAGUUCCUGUCCUCCCCCCUUUCAACAGACCAAAGAUCAACAGGGCAGUAAAUGGCGAUCGGUUGUCCAAUGGAUCGGCUAUAUCUGUACCUGAUUUGGUGGAGGGGGAGAUAUUUAUUCCACCUCCACCUUCGAUGGCACCCCCACCCCCUCCACCCAUAUUCAUCCCUCCCCCACCAGAUUUCUUGGGUGACCUUGGUGACCUGGACUCCAUUCAGCAUCCCUCUAUGCCCCCUCCAAAACCCCCAUCAAAACCACCAUCAGUUGCCCCCUCUGAAGAGGACAAGGAGGUUUUCACCUCCAUGAAACCUCCACCUAUGCCCCCCCCGAAACCCCUGUCAACUUCCUCCAGUGCUUCUAGUUCCUCUUUGUCCAUUUCUACACCACCACCAACCACUUUCCCUGAUAUCACAGAGCCCCCAAAGUUUGCCCCUCCACAGCCCCCUACAGACAUGAGGCAAGCUGCUCUGAAAGCCCUGAAGACACCGCCUACAAAGCCAAUGAGGCUGUCCUCCAUCCCCAUCAUGUAUGAACCCCCCCAGGUUCCAGCCCCAGAUCCCCCUAUACAGACCCCUACACCCUCCAGCUUCAACCCCCAGAACACAGCUAAGCUCUACAGUGUUCCUAAGACCGGAAUUCUAGGUAGGCAGGUGGAAGGUGAAAAUAGGCACAAGCAGAUCCUACUCCUGCAUGACCCUGGGUCUACUGACUCCGUCCCUGUCCAGGUCAAUGGGACAGCCCCCUCUGUGGCACCGCCAGCUAAGCCAGCCCGGAGAAACAGCUUGGGUAUGCAGCUGGAGCAAGACCUGCAGGAGUUAAAGGAUAACUUGCAAGUCACCCUUCAAGGCCAACCCACCCCACCUGAGACUUGGGAGGAAGUGAAAGUGGAGCCUUUGCCUUUAUCAGCACAGCAGGCUAUCAACAAACCUGCCGAAACCCCAGCUAAAGCCUCACCCAAGCUUCAGGAGGCUGCAAUCCCCCCUAAAAUGUCACCCAAGCUUCAGAAGGUGGUCACUGCCCCUGUAACAGAGGCUAGCCAGGUCAAACACGAAGCGUCUCCAGGCCGGAGUCACAAGUUCAGUCCUAUGCUGGACCGUAAACUACGCAACCUAAAGGCCAGUGCGGUCACUGGGACGAGGGAGGGUCCUGCCACUUCCCCCCUGGCUCUUCUCAUGGCAGCUAAAGAGCGAGAGAAGCACAGGUCUACUUUGUCCCGCGAAAACAGCACAAAGAGUAAUGAGCCAUCCGUCAGCAUCCAGCACAGCGAAUCCAAUCCCAAUUCGUUCACCGUCAUCCCCAGCUCCACAUUCACUUCUGUGAACUCACAACAUAAUCCACAGUCUGUGGUCCCAGUGAAGCCCCCAGUUGUGAUCCAGACUCCAGCAAAACCCCAGAUCAUUGAGUCAGUGUUGGAAAAGAGGCCAAUUGCAAAUCCAGUAUUUCAGGGGCUCCUGGCCGUGGAGAAGCAAAGUGGAGAGCAGAGGAUUCCUUCACCCACUAGCCUUGUCAGGGAUGUAGAGAACAGGGAGGACCUAUGCAUGCCAUUACUCCCUCCCCCUCCCGAAUUCAAUGACCAUGAUGAUGUCAUGGAGUCUCCCCCCAGCUCACCUCCACCUGACCCUCCCCUGAAGAAGGUCCUUGCCCCCACUCCCACCCCUGUCCUUCCAGUCCUGCCCUCCAAUGCUGGCCCUAUCGUUCCUGUCAAAACUCCCUCCCCUGCGCCCCCCCCUCCUCCUCCUCCAAAACCCAAACCUCCAAGCCCUCCCAAACUCCUGCCUCCUGUCAUGGAGGUCAAACCCAAGCUACCUGUUCAGACCACACCCAAGUCACCUCCCACCCAGGCACCCUCCUCCCUCUCAGCCAGCCAGGCCACACUCCUGAGCAUCCUGCAGAAGAAGAUGCUAGAGAUGGACCACAAAAUGGACAACAAAAUGAUGGCCAUGAAGACAGACUCUGAUGACUGGGGUUCUUCCUUGUCUGAGGAGACCAAGGUCCCUGUUGUCCCCAGAGUCAACGCGAAGACCCCUGUUAUCACAGCGAAAAGCAAGAAUGCCGCCCUGUCAGCCAAAACACAAGGCCUGGACAUGAAGGAGCUGGAGACUAAAAUGGCCAUGAAUUCUCAGGGUUUGUCAGCUCCAUCAAAAGUACCCAUCAGCAAUGGGCCACAGUCAAAGCAGGCGUAUGGCAUGACUUUCAUGGUACGACCCGGAACCAAACAACCAAUAACCGUUGUCAGCAAAGGGGACUCAUCAUGAGGAGCAAACUCCAAAUUAUGCCACACAUAAAAUUACAUUAAAUUAAAAUAACUUUAUUUCCUGAGAGGGAACUACAUGUGUGGUGACGGGUCUAUACAAGACAAAUAACAAAAUAGCAACAUAGAACACAAAAACAUGUGCAGUGUAAUAGAUUAGGAGCAAUCUAUGCAAUCACAGGCUAUAUAUACACAUAUAUACAACUAAAAAUAAGAACUUCAAGAGUUGAGGAGUUUGAUGGAUGUUGGCACAAAACUAGAAGCUGCCCUCUUAGAUUUGUAUGCCAGAGAUCUAUAUCUGAGGGUAGAGGGCUAUACUGGUCACGGACUGUGUGCCUAAUGUCCAAGGCUAUUUGUUCCCCCUUCUUCCUCACUAUUUUUUAUUUAUUUAUAGAUGACACUGAGGGGUUUCUGGCUUUCUCCAAUGAACUUCCUGAUUUUUAUUACCCUGUUCGAUGGAUUCUGACUAGUGUUCCCUAAAGCACCAAACCAGCACACAAUAUUAAAAGAUCUGGGUCGGCACUCCUACAAAGGUUUUGCUGUACCACAGUAGAUAAACCUGAGCAUGUUGCUUAACAUCCAGAUAUAGUGUCAAAUAGCUUAUUGCUUUUUGUACAAGUGCCAAAGUCUAAAGAGUGGGUUGACCAUGUUGGAACGGCUUUCAACAGUAUCUUUGACUGCUGCAGUUUAAUCAGUGUGGGAUAGUACACAUUGCCUUCUUUUUACCUCUGAUAUCUGGCUGACCUAAUAGAUUUAAAAACAAAGCACAAUCUGCUUUCAAACUAGCAGCUGUAAAUUGCCAGUCAAUAUAUACAGAAUAAUGCCAUGCAUCAAAAAGGAUGUUUAUAUAAAUUUCUUGAGACUAUAAAGGAUGUACAUAUUGUUUUGCUUAUAGGUUUCCAUUGUGAGUGCCACAGUACCUGUACAUACUGUAUAUGUUAACAGCAUAAAGGGAAUUGAAAUGUAGCCUACUAGAAUACAUUUAGAACACACAUACUGUAUAUUGUUCACUGUACUAUACUUAAGCAAGCAUGCCACAACUAUGUAAACUGUGUUUAUCAGUUACAUUUUGAUCAUCUACGUCAGUCAGGUGAGCAAGAUAUCUUCCGUACAAUGAAUGACUAAAUAAAAGCAAAACAGAUGUCAGGCAUUUGCCACAUACGGACAGGAGAAGUAAGGUUUGGUCUCCAUGGUCUGUAGAAUCUAUAGAUUGACAUUAAAUGUACUUUUAUAUUUAUUGGGCUUAAGUCUAGCUAUUGUGUCAGUCAUUAUUAAAGCUGCUCAUAUAUAUAUAUAUAUAUAUAUAUAUAUACACACAAAUGUAAUCAAAUUAAAACCAUGAUGUAUCAAAGACUGGAUGUGAAAAACUUGAGAGUUGGUAACUGACAUUGGAGGAAGAAUAGUGUUGAUGUCUCCUGACUGGAGUGUAAGUGGACAUUGCCAUUAAUGUUGGUAACUUUGUCAUGUUCUUUUAGAAUGUUUAGGCACAAAAUAACACCACAUUCACAAACCAUUGAAACUAUAAUUACAAUGGAUUAUAUUUUAUGUGGUGGUCUGUUGGAUUUCUCCUCGUAACAUAAAAUUAUGCCAAAUAUACCAGUGCACAGGUCAGGGCACAGACCACUCCUUUGUUUAGUUAUUUUACCUGUGAUAUGAAAUUAUGUAAUAAAGUCAAGUUUUAAAGUCA